GACAGCAAGCGCAGCCACCUAUUCCAACCCAAGUUUCGAUACAGUUUCUCUUCUUCUAAAAGAUUUCUCAUAUAUCCGCUACUACGCACCGUAUAUCGCACACUCAGCAAACAUGGCCGGUGACCCCAGGGCAUUGCUGCGACAGGCAGAGACGUCACUACAGAAGGCAUCGGGUGGCUUCAGUUUCUUCGGAGGAAAGCAAGAGAAGUACGAGGCAGCCGCCGAACAGUUCAUCGCCGCAGCAAAUGCGUUUCGAAUGCAAAAGAUGGGCAAGGAAGCCGGUGAAGCCUUCGAGAAAGCAGCAUCAGUUCAACGCCAACACCUGAACGAGCCUGACGAUGAGGCAAACACUUUGACAGAUGCCUUCAAGGCUUACCGGAAAGAUGACCCAGAGGCGGCGGCAAGGUGUCUAGACAAGGCCAUUACACACUACUGCAACAAAGGCAACUUCCGCCGCGCAGCUACUCACAAGCAGAAUCUCGGCGAACUUUACGAAGUAGAGCUUGGCGACAACAUGCGUGCUGCAGCUGCUUACGAAGAGGCAGCUGGUUGGUACGAGAGCGACAAUGCCGAAGCACUCGCAAACAAGCUCUGGCUCAAGACGGCCGACCUCAUUGCCCUAGAAGGCAAAGACUACUACAAGGCCAUUGAGCUCUAUGAAAAAGUCGCAAAAGCCUCCAUCGCUAACAAUCUCAUGCGCUGGUCCGUCAAAGAAUACCUACUCAAGGCUGGUAUCUGCCAGUUGUGCACAGGUGACCAAGUUGGCGUCAAUACCGCGCUUGAGAAGUACAGGGAGAUUGAUCCUAGCUUCCAGCAGCAGAGGGAGUAUGCGCUACUGGUUGAUCUUACGGCGGCGGUGCAGGAUGGCGACCAGGAAAUGUUUGCCGACAAGUUAUUCCAAUUCGAUCAGCUGAGCAAGUUGGAUAAGUGGAAGACUACGCUUCUGCUGCGGAUCAAGAACACGAUUGAGGAGGGCGGCGAAGACUUUUCUUAAGAGCGGACCUUGGCAACUUUGGUUCGUUUUCGCGCUGGUUUGGCGUAAGGCUUAAGGGUAUGGUGGAGACUUGUAUCUCAAUUAAAUGCUGUCGUGCAGGAGAAUACUGCUCACCGAGCUCGUUUCGGUACAUUUGACUUGUUCUGCACUAGUCUGCGGUGAGCCUAGCCCAUAGACUCACCAUAUACGUACUUUGGCUGCUCUUUCUUACAUAGAGCAGUAAUCCAAUACAAAGAUUAUUUGAGCUGUUGUCACUAGAAGCUGUUCUCCUCCACAGGUGAUAUACAAC